CUCCUCUUCAGGAGGAUAAAUAGAAGCUGUACAUGAGUUUAAUCUGUGUCUGUGUCUGCAGCAGUGAACAACAUGGUGCGCUCUGUCCUCUGCCUCCUGACUGUGGCCCUGGCCUUUGUGCCUCUGCUCUCUGCUGUGGAAGUGGAUUCAGAGAAACCUGGAGUUUGUCCCAAGCCAGACAUUGACCCCAAAGUCGCCUCUUGUCUGAACGAGUGCUCCUCAGACAGUCAAUGUGAGGGAAACCUGAAGUGCUGCUUCAACGGCUGUGGACAUGUUUGUGCAAAGCCAAGAGAAUCCAAACCAGGAUCCUGCCCUGACACGAGCCCUGUUUUCACCACAUGUAAAAAGGAAUGCACUGAUGACAGUCAGUGUCCCGAGAACCUCAAAUGCUGCUUCAGCAGCUGUGGACUCCAGUGUAUCCCCCCUGAACAUGGCAACAGUCCACAAUGA